CUAGUUCGACACAGAGAGAGUUGAAGACUAACGAGCAGAGAGAGAGAGAGAGAGGAGGUGGUGGAGAGAGAGAUCAUCAAUGGCGCCUAAGACCCCUAAAGUGAGCCGAAACCCAGAUCUGAUUCGGGGCAUAGGCAAAUUCUCUCGAUCGAAGAUGUACCACAAGAGGGGUCUCUGGGCUAUCAAGGCCAAAAACGGCGGCGUUUUCCCCCGCCACGACAAGAAACCAGCCGACCCCAAACCCGCCGAGAAGCCCCCCAAGUUCUACCCGGCCGACGACGUCAAGAAACCCCUCCUUAACAAGCGCAAACCCAAACCCACCAAGCUCAAGGCUAGUAUUACUCCUGGAACGGUGCUGAUUAUACUGGCUGGGAGGUUUAAGGGGAAGAGAGUGGUGUUUUUGAAGCAGCUUUCAUCUGGGUUGCUUCUGGUUACUGGACCAUUCAAAUUUAAUGGUGUUCCUCUGAGACGUGUCAAUCAAUCUUAUGUUAUUGGUACUUCAACAAAGGUUGACAUAGCUGGAGUUAAUGUGGAAAAGUUUGAUGACAAGUAUUUCGCAAAAAAGGUUGAGAAGAAGAGUAAGAAAGGAGAAGGCGAGUUUUUUGAGGCGGAGAAAGAGGAAAAGAAUGUGCUUCCGGUGGAGAAAAAAGAUGAUCAGAAAGCUGUGGAUGCACCCUUGAUAAAAUCCAUUGAAUCCGUGCCAGACUUGAAGACCUAUCUGGCUGCAAGGUUUUCGCUGAAGGCAGGCAUGAAACCUCAUGAGCUCGUCUUUUAGAGGAAGAUUUUUUAAAAUUAUUAGAAAUGAUACUUUUAUUCCCUUUUCAUGUUUUGUUUUGAUUGAACUUGAUGUUAGCAUCUGUAUUAUCGUUUUUUGUUUGGAUAAUCAUCUAAGUUUUAUGUUAUGUUGGGCAUUGCAAUGUUAGAGGAAUUUUCCUUUCUUCCCCCAAGAGAGUACAAUGGAUCUAAUAUAUAUCUAUAUAAUCCAUAUAAGAUUUCUUCAUAUUCAGUUGA